GCUGAAGUGCGCUGAGCUGAGCUGAGCGGAGCUGACGAUGAAAGUUGGAACGAACAUGUCGGGAACCGAAUAGAAGACGGCAUCACCCUGCGACUCUUCGCACUCAUCCACAACAUACUGACUACCUCGUACCAUAGGCGGUACUGUCGCUCGUCAUAACCAUGGCCUCCUCAAAGCGCUGGCCCGCGCCCAUCCACGUCUUCUCUUACCGCGCCUUGCUCGUGGUGCCCAUUAUCCUCGCCAUCGCGACUUUCGCGUCGCUCUUCAUCCACUCCGAUGUCAACGUCGCCCUCCUUUACUCACAAUGCGAUGCCCGGGCACGCCUACCGGCCGUCAGCAAGGUCCCUGUUUUCGGUCCGCCCGUCUGCUUCGCCAUAAGCUUCUUCCAGAGCGCGCUCGACUCCAUGCGGACCUUCGCCAGCAUGUCCGCCAUCCUGUCCUUCAUCGCCGGUCUCAUGACCGUCACCACCAUCGAGGCUGCACGCGUUUGUAACGCGCCCAACGUCGUGAUUGCGAAUCCCACGGGUCCAUGGCUAGUUUUCAACCUCAUCGGUGGAGCUGUGGUCUGGCAACUCGUCAUCCUGCCCGCCUUCUUCCACCGCUCGCGAUCCAUCCUGCUUGCUCGGAAGAAGGCCGGUCAAGAGGCUGUUGAGAGCGCCGCAUCCAAGGACCCCGACUUUGGCAAGGACUCACGCCAUCUCGUUGUCGAUGCGGAGAUCAUCGCCAUCCCUGUCAGCGUCGCGUGGGGCUUCAUUCUGCCGUCCCUCCUGAUGCUCAUCUACAACUCCCCCGUCAUCAUCGUUAUCUGGCUCUUCUUCCCCGUCUGGGUGUCACUCAUCCGCCAAGCCGUCCGAUGGGCCGUCUUGCGCGUGCAGAAGCGCCAGCACCGCAGUUUUCACCUCGAGUCUCACACAAUCUCGCUUCUGCUCGUCUACCUCACUCCCAUUUUGUGCUCCGCAGUCUCUCACGUCUACUUCAUCUGGAGCCUGUUCCAGUGGGACGACAGGAAGGAGAUGACACGUGCUACUGUCAAGUUUGUUGAGAUUGACAUGUUCUUCAUCAGUUUGACUGUCCUGUAUUGGCUCUUCGUCGAGACUGGCUGGAAGGUCCCCUUGGUCGCAAUUCUUGGUACCGUCCCACUCGGACCGGGUGCCGGUAUUUGUAUCGCAUGGAUAUACCGAGAUACCGAGAUUCGUGAGGGUCUGAAACAGUGGCUUUCUGAUGUUGUUGGGAGUCAAGAAGAGGCCAACGAAGAGGGCAGAGCUUCGGCCAGCGAGGAGACACCUCUGUUGCAUUGAGAAUGUGACGAGAUAGCAGCAAGCAAAUACAAGCUGAUACUCAGUCACCGCUGUGGUAACAUGCGUCUUUACGAUACUCGCCCCCAUAUCUUGUUUUUUGUGUGUAGAUAACUUCUUCUCGGGAACUCUCUUCAAUGCCGAAAAGUCCGCCUCGGCCAAGCAUUUCGGCAUCUUGAUCUACAUUAACACCUCGGAAUCACGACUCAACGAAAGAUAUACAAGACGCAGGCCCCGCCCAACUC